AUGAUGCCUGGCAAAACUAAGUAUCCAACCGCUCCUUACAGCGAACCUCUCCUUCCCCAACUCGACGUCGCCAACCCCUACUACACCGACCUCCACCACAACCUUCGCGCCUACGUCCGAGAAUACGUCGACACUCAUAUAGCACCAUACGCCCACGAAUGGGAAGAAGCGGGCCAAGUCCCAGAGGACGUCCGUCGGCGUCACUACGAGCUAGGCUUCGGAAUCGUACACCCGUUGACGACGUCAGAAGACGCAGCAGGUCUGUCACUUCCUGGGGACGUACCCCGUGAGAAAUGGGAUACAUGGUGCAGUCUCAUCGUGGCGGAUGAGCUGACGCGUACGGGUUAUGUCGGUGUUUCGUGGGGAUUGGGCGCAGGUAAUGGUAUUGGGUGUCCGCCGAUUGCCAAGUUCGGGACGCCGGAGCAAAGACGCAUAUGGCUUCCUCGGGUUGCGAAGGGGGAGAUUCGGUUCUGUUUGGGGAUCACGGAACCGGAUGCUGGGUCGGAUGUCGCGAAUAUCCAGGCGUCAGCGAAGAGAGAGGGAGAAUGCUAUAUUGUUAAUGGAGCGAAGAAGUGGAUCACGAACGGGAUUUGGGCCGACUACUGUACUGCUGCUGUUAGGACUGGAGGACUGGGGAGGACAGGGAUAAGUCUGCUUGUGAUUCCGUUGACAGCUCCCGGAGUGACUCGCCGUCGAAUGCACAAUUCGGGUAUAAAUGCAAGUGGUUCAACAUUCCUUCGGUUCGACGAUGUCCGCGUCCCCGUUGACCACUUAAUUGGGGAGGAAAACAAGGGGUUUCCUCUCAUCAUGUCAAACUUCAACCCCGAGCGUCUAUCCCUUGCUUGUUCCUCCUUGCGACUGGCCCGAGUUUGUGCAGAGGAUGCAUUUCAUUACGCCGUGCAGCGCGAAACUUUCGGAUCUCCCUUGAUCAAGAGACAACUCAUUCAGGCUAAAAUAUUUAAAUUCGGCUUGAUGAUAGAGCCUGCAUACGCGUUGAUGGAACAGCUUGUUCAUAUUAUCGAGUUGACCAAGGAUCGACCUACCGACGAUGUCAGAAUCGGAGGUAUGACUGCUUUGCUUAAGGUGAUGUCCACCAGAGCCCUCGAAAAGAGCGUCCGAGAGGCGCAGCAGAUACUGGGAGGAGCUGGGUAUAAUAAAGCCGGAAAGGGGGCGCGAAUUGAGCAAAUUAGUCGUGAUGCGAGAGUCCAUGUUGUUGGCGGCGGAAGCGAGGAGAUCAUGAUGGGUCUUGCGCUGCAGGAAGAGACCAAGGCUCUGCAGACAAGGCGGAAGGCAUUGGAGAAGAAGUCCAAGUUAUAG